UCUCUUCCUUCCUCCGCUCACUGUAAUCUCCUCGUUCCGAUGCCUUCACUUCCUCGACAAUGGCGAUCCCGAUCUCCAAAAGGAAGCAGUUGAAAUGGAUCUUGAGAACAGGGACAAGGUUUGGUGAUGGAGAAUUUAUAACUUCUUCUCUUGGAGUGAGCGUAGGUUGAGGGAAUGACAAUGUAGGAAACAUAUUUUGCACCUGUAUUCUACAGAAUUUCAAGAAAACGCAGAAAAGGUGAUCAAAAUUUGCAAAGAUAUGCAAUUUUUUCCGGAGAAACGUGUCUAAUAGGGGAAACUAUGUUAAUGAAAGCAGAGUUAUAAAUGAUAUUAGGACAUUACUGCUAAGAGGAUUUGAUAUAGUAGGAGCAUUGUAUCUUGGUACUGGUGCAUGGGAGGAGAAAGCUGGUAAAGCAGUAGAGUUCUCUUGGCAACUAAGGAAGUAUAUUUCUAAGGAGGAAACUUACAACAUGCUUGGAGCGACAUUCGAUUUCAAUUCUGGUGAUAUACUAUUUGCCUCUAAAAUUGCAAAAUCCAAGAAAAUCGAAGCUUUCAGUUGUGUUAUUUAUGAAGAUACUGCGGAUGAAUAUCUGUGGGAAAAAGGUUGCCUUCUUAGAUGCGAGAUGGCAUUUAAGUUACCUGUCUAUGUUCCUGUUGAUAAAACAUCAGAUUUCAAAGAAGUCUUUUCUUUAUCGACUAUUGCUGCUGCCACUAAGUUAAAAGACACUCAUGUUGCAUAUCUGGUUGAAGGGACAAAUGUUUAUUCAAAGGAAGAACCACAUUCCAUUGUUUUGCAUGGCGCGGACUUAGAUUUUAGUGCUUCUGCCUGUGAUCGAAAAGCUUUUAACAAUGUUACGGAGUCGAAUGAGAAGGAUUUAGCAUGCUCAGUUUUCUGUUCAAAAAGUAAAUUCAUUUCCUCUUCUUCUUCCAAAGAGAAUGCAGAUGCAAUCCAAAUAACUGUCCUAUCCAAUAAAUCUAGAAGCAAUUCAGAAUCUGGUGCACCAAGAACACAAUAUUUACCAGCAUCAGAUCCAGCAAGGUUCUUCAUAGUUAAUUUUAAGCUAGAUGUGUUGUGCUAUGCUUCAAAAGAUUUUCCCGUCGCUGCUGCAAUUUCCAGACUGGUUGUGCCUGGAUUAACUGACCAGAUUGUCAGUAUGGAAAAGGUUUUUGUGCAGAAGCUUUCGAGCGAGCAUCAGCUCUGUCCAUAUCAUUUUCUCCCCCCUGGGCUUUUGCAUCCAGUAACAGCUAUAUAUGACCUGAAAUAUGGGGAAGCUGAGGUGGCACAAGCUGAGAUUAGGAAAACAUUACAUGAAAGGCUGGGUUUGCCUCUGGAUCGUCCUCUUUUGCGUGUUGCAAAUUCACUUGCUUUUGGGGUUAAGGACAUCACAGAGACCAAGCUAAAAUCUAAAUUGCUUAUAGAUGUUCACACUGAAAUUCCAAGUAGUGGUGUUUCUGGAGGCAACCUGUCACUGAUUGAUGGUUCUUAUGAAUACUACCAUUACCUUCUUGAUGGUUUUGAUGACAGUGGAUGGGGAUGUGCCUACCGCUCAUUACAAACUAUCAUAUCUUGGUUUAGGCUUCAAUACUAUACUUCCAUUGGAGUUCCUUCACACAGGGAAAUUCAGCAGGCUCUUGUUGAGAUCGGUGACAAGGAGCCUGCAUUUGUUGGAUCGCGUGAAUGGAUUGGAGCAAUUGAAUUGAGCUUUGUCUUGGAUAAACUUCUUGGUGUUAGCUGCAAGAUCAUGAAUGUGAGAUCUGGGUCAGAGCUUCCAGAAAAAUGCCGAGAGCUUGCCAUGCAUUUUGCGACACAAGGGACACCAAUAAUGAUUGGUGGCGGUGUCCUAGCUUAUACCCUGUUGGGAGUUGACUACAAUGAGACAAGUGGGGACUGUGCUUUUCUUAUCCUUGAUCCCCACUACACGGGUGGUGAUGACCUUAAAAAGAUUGUCAAUGGGGGAUGGUGCGGGUGGAAGAAGGCUGUUGAUAGCAAAGGUCGGAACUUCUUCUUGAAGGACAAGUUCUACAAUCUUCUCCUUCCACAAAGGCCCAACAUGGUUUAAUGAUUAUUCCAAAAGUAGAGUCAAACAGAAGUUUAGUGGAAAGAAAAUGUACGCAGAAGAUAGAACUGCUUGAACUGGUUGGCUUCAUUGUUCAUGUCCAUUUCAUUCCCCGCCAUGAUGGUGAUGCAUAUAAUCCGGAGGAACGCAAAUGUCUAUGUCAACUAAGGUUUUUGGACAUGGAGAGGAUUCCUCUGCUUACGAUUGCAUUAUUAAGGUGCUGAUGCGAGGAACUAAGGUUGAGCGAUAAUGAGAAAUCCCUUUUAGAACUUUUCUCAGGUUUUGGAGCUUUCGUUGCCCUUCAUAUGUGCUACUAAAUUGAAGUGUAUGUAUUAUUAUGCGUUGAUGGCUACAUAUGAAAAGCUAAUAAAAUAAAUUUGGACAUGGAUAAAGAGAAAUGAUGGAAGGUUCUUGUUUUUGCA